AUGUGCUGGCACAGGUGGAUUCCAGUCAUCCCCAAAGGGUGCAAGGUCUCAAAUCCUCAUGUGGUGAUGCACAAGGAAAUGAUCUACUGCAACACUGUGAUUGACACGGCUAUCAAACUAUCCCAGCCGGAUUGCGAUCUCAACGAUGUCGAGAAAGAAGGGCAAUGGCGCACCCGCAGCCGUGUCAAAUUCGAUGUUUGCCCCGAUGGAAACUCUAAGAUCUUUGACUCGUUCAACCGCAGUAUCGAGGUCAAGCCUCUCCAGGUGGUCAAUAUCCGCUGUCCGUGCUGUACGGGUGAAAUGUCGACGGUCGAUGCAUUGCUGACCGAUUCCAAUUUCCAAUCCUCCUAUGCUGUCCUCCCGAAUGGUCGACAGCUUCGCAUCCCCAACGUCACAGAGGGACUUGAUGACUACCUAUGCCAACCUCUAGAUCAGCCACUCCCCAAGCUCAGAAUCAGCAAGACAAAGAUACAUGAGGUCGAGGAUAGUCUCUUCGACACCGACUCAAUUCAAGACGAGCACAACAGUGAAACAUGCCUACAGUGUCGAAGGAUCAAAUCACAAUCCGGCAAUCCCAAGGUCUGGCAAAUGACUCCGAAGGGAGUAGUUUCCGGCAUGAUGACUCCCGUCUACCGCGGAACCGAUGGGGAGAAUGAGGCGGAUUACUGGGGCGAGGAGGACGAGUAUGAGAUUGCCGACCUCGGAUGUGUCGGGCUGAGGUUUCCAGUUACCAAGACUGCAACUCCUCCGUAUGUGAAUCCUGUUCAUGGACUAAUCCAGAAACUAGAUGAUGAGUGGUCAGACAUCCACCAGGGGGCCUAA